UCUGAACUGAUGCAGUUUGAUAACCAACGUUCUAAUUCAGCUAUCGAUCCGUGGUGCUCUUUGCGUUGGAUAAAUCUAAUUUCGAGUUAUGACCAAUUCCAACGAAACCGAAGAAAAAAUGGGUACCUACAAGCCGAUUGAUGUUUCUAAGGAAGACUUCCGUAAAUACCUGGAAAGUACAGGAGUACUCGACGCCUUGACACAAGCUUUCAUAAAAUGCAACGCACAACGUCCCAAAAACGCAAUAGAGUUCGUUAAGCAGCAGUUGGGCGAUCCACUACAGGAAACGGAUGUGGAGAUUUUACGGCAGGAGCUACGAAAUGCUCGUAAAGAAAUUGAGCAGCUGAAAAAAGAAUUAAGCUCCAGCAAGCCAAACACGGCCGGUGACGAAAAAUUAGCAUCGAGCUUGGAUUCCGAAACAGCGGCACAAAACGGCACUGCGGUGGUGCACGCGAGCGUGGAAUCGAACGUCGACACACCUACCACUGCUUCUGAGGAAAUGGGUGCAGCACAGGCGGCACCGCUUGGUACAAAAGAACAAGCCAAAAAUGGCGAAGGUACAAAGACCGAUGCACCUACCGACGAAGUACAAAACGUGCCACUAGUGGAGAAGUCAGAAGAGCCGGAGAAACAGGGAGAUGAUAAGAAUCAAAACUAAUUAUGCGUAUAAGUUUAGAUAAACGCAUGUCAGCUCUAGCGGAUCAGGCGUUCGAAUAGUAGUGAUUAUUCCACUGGUGGAAUAAUGAAUAAUCCAAUGACCCGUCCAUCAUAAAUACAGGCUUGAUAUCAGUGUGAAGAACGGAUUCGUCGUGUGAAAACUUAAUCGAUAACGUUAUUCCUCUGUUUGCUAGCAUGGUUUUUGUUAACAAAACAAGAGGUAGAGUUAUGAUUGAAUGCCAAGUGCUUGUUCGUUUUGUAUCACAUAUUUAUCAAUGCCGCUCAUUAAUAUGUGUGUCAUUCCAUGAAUUGCCAUCAUCAGCUGCUAGCUGCACGUAUCUCAAAUUAUGUUAUAAACUCGGAAGUAGAAAGGUGGCAAGCAUAUAUCCAUAUCGGUAAGCGAUAAAACCAAUGAAAGCGAUACGUGUCAAUCAAGAAUUAAUGAAAAUCAUUCCAGCCAGCAUGAACUAUGAACUUAACUAAAUAAAACAUAACGAUGAAGAGU